AUGGACCCAAAAAGCGAACUGGAUGAAAAAUAUGAAGGAUUCAACGACUAUGAAUACGCUUACGAUAUGCAGAAUGUCCUUAACGACAAAGUUUUCCAACAAGCUGUAACGCGAUCGAGUUAUGGACGAAGACCGUUUACUGGAAAUCGAAUUCUUUCAACGGCUACAAGACCGUCGACGUCAGCAGCUCGAAACUUACCGUCCUCUGGAGUUCGUAGCCUGUUAACAAGCAGUGGUAUUAUGCACACAUCAGCAGUUCCUAGAAAAAAUGCUUUUGCACCACGACCGCUAACAGCAGUUCGAGGAGCCGGUUACACUUCAGAAAAAAAAUAUUUUAUCGACGGUCAAGUCAGUAUUUCAGAGGCGGUUGGAGAAAUCAACACUGAAAAAACAGUGGAGGAGAGCAACGAGGACAAAUGCCGACAAUUAGAAGAUGAAGUCAACUUGCUUUUGGAAGAGAGCAUUAAAGCAUGGGAGAAGAAAGAAUUUAAACUUGCACUGGAAAAAGCAAAACAGGCAGGCCGUAAAGAGCGGUUAGCGGUCAGAUUAAGAGAACAAUUGUCCGUUGUUGAACAGCUCAAUCUGGACUUGACCUUUACAGUAUUGUUAAACCUUGCGCAUCAGUAUAUGGCAAACGACUUGUUAACAGAAGCACUGAAAACUUACCAGAUGAUUGUGAAGAAUAAAAUGUUCAGCAACACUGGACGAUUGAAGGUGAACAUCGGAAAUAUUUAUUUUCGAAAAAAGGACUACGACAAGGCAAUUAAAUACUACAGAAUGGCACUAGACCAAGUGCCGAAUUCCCAGGCAAGUACAAGAAUGAAGAUUCUAAACAAUAUUGGGGUUGCAUUCAUUAAACUCGGUGAAUAUGAGGAAGCUGCAAACACCUUCGGAUAUUGCAUGGAAGAGCGCGCAGAUUACGGUACAGCACUGAAUCUAAUACUCACCGCAUACUGCCUCGAAAAUGUGGAUAAAAUGAAAGAAUCAUUCCAGCAGUUGGUUGACAUUCCACGUUUUGUUGACGAUGAACCAAAAUACAUUGAACAUGAAGACUUUCUGUUGUCUAAAACUAUCAGCACUGAUCUCCUAAAGCAGUGGGAGCGUGAAAGGAGAAAAGUUGCCGAAAAAACUGUCCUAACGGCUGCAAAAGUCAUAGCACCUGCUAUUGCACCGAACUAUGCUGAGGGUCACGCGUGGUGUGUGGAGAUUACCAAGCAAUCCGUUUAUGCAUCCUUAGCGAUGGAACUGGAACUAAAUAAAGCCAUCGAUUUGCUGCGUCAAGGACAACUAGAAACAGCCUCUCAGGCAUUAAUGGUGUUCAAUAAUAAGGACAGCAAAAUUGCCAGCGUUGCUGCAAACAACCUUGCAGUAAUGAAUUAUUUGCAAGGUUCCCAGAAUUAUGAAGAAGCUGUGGAGUUUUGUGAGCAGUCUUUAAACGUCGACAGAUACAAUGCAAAUGCGUUGGUCAAUAGAGGCAACAUUUAUUUUGCAAACAACGACUACGAGAAAGCGUUCCAGUACUACAAAGACGCUCUUAGCAACGAGGUGAAAGCAACAUGUGUCCAGGCGCUGUACAACAUGGGACUGAUAACAAAGAUGGAAGGUCGGCUGAAGGAAACGUUAGAAUAUUUUUACAAACUACACAACCUCUUGUUCAGCAAUGUCGAAGUGCUUUGCCAACUUGCUUCCGUUUAUGAGAUGAUGGGCGAUAGUGCACAAGCUUUGGAACUCUACAGCCAAGCUAACAGUUUGGCACCGUCAGAUCCAUCAAUAUACGCAAAACUCGCAAGCCUUUACGAAAACGAAGGAGAUAAAAGCCAGGCCUUUCAGUGCUACUCUGAUAGCUACCGCUACUUUCCAUCAAAUAUUAACAUUAUCGAAUGGCUCGGUGCACAUUACGUCGAGACUCAAUUCCCCGAAAAAGCAGUCAUUUAUUUUGAGAAAGCAGCCAUUAUGCAACCAAAUGAAAUCCGAUGGCAGCUGAUGAUGGCCUCAUGUCAUCGCCGUGCAGGAGACUACCAAAAAGCUCUUAACGUUUACAAGACGGUACACAGGCGCUUUCCUGACAAUAUAGAAUGCCUUAAAUUCUUAGUCCGCAUAAGUACUGACCUAGGAAUCCCAGAGUCAAAAGACUACAAACAAAAGGUACGAUAUUUUUUCUUGAACAUUUUUGCUUCUAGUCCUGCUGAAAAUCUACGACACCUUAGGAUGCAACGAGUAACAGAUUCCAGUCACGGGAAAAGGGCUUUAAUUAAUUCUGCUCCGCAUGAAUCGACAUCAACAUCACGUAGCACUGACCACAAUUACGAAGACCCGAUAGGUCUAGCUCCAGAAAGACCAAAAACAAGUAAGGGUCAAAAAGGGCGCAACCUUGAAGAAACUUUGGAGAAUGAGGAGAUUGAUGAGAACUUUCUACCAGACUGA